AUGGAUUUAGCUCCCAAAGGCUUUUUUUCUUCUUCCACAGGUCACGAGUGUGAGCUCCAGACUAGCACAGACGCCUGGAUGAGAUUCUUCAAAAGCUCAGCAAAGUACGAGAAGCAGGGACUGCUGGGAGAAGCAGGCUACGGGUCCGUUUAUGCUGGCUGGCGUGUUUCUGAUCGUUUCCCAGUCGCGAUCAAAUAUAUCGCGGCAGAUAUGGUCUUAAGACAACCAGCAAGUUUAAAUGCAGUCCCUGGUGCUCACCUGAAGUCUCACCUGCAGCUUCACACCCUCAUCUUACACUUCCCUGGCAUUUUACAGGAUGAUGAUGGCAAUCAGAUCCCCAGAGAGCUUCUGAUCAUGUCAAAGAUCAUUCUCAAACAGCUAGUUAAAGCUGCUAAAAAGCUGGAAGAAAAGGAAAUCUUCCAUCACGAUAUCAAAAUGGAGAACAUCCUGAUAGAGACCAGCACAACUUGUGUUCCCUGCAUCUGUCAGCUUCAUCCUGUUAUUCUUCUUUCUCAUAGAUUGCAAGGUAGCCCUGGGUGCACACUGGGUUGCCGACUGUUUAUGCUCACGUUACACAAAGCUCACACGACGCCAUCUUUAGAUCCGCUUGUUUACCCGGAAGUAGUCACUGAAACACCGGGUCAUGUGACGCAUCGUUUGACAUUAAUGGGAUUCCUCUGUACAAAACAGACUGUUUCUCUGAGUGGAUUGUUUAUUUUAUUUAUGUUUUUGCAGAACAAUGUAAAACUUUUGUUGGACUAAUGAAGAGCAAUGCCCAGUAGGAGGGGCUUAUGGUUAAAAGGAAGUGUCACAGGACAUGUGAGUUGUCGAGAGAGAGGAUGACAUAUGCUGAUGUGGCCUUACGUGGAGCAGUUGAUGUGCCAUGUUCUUGAAAUAUAAACAAGAAUACUCUCA